AAGAUUAAUAAUAAAAAUUUUGUUAUAAUUGAAAACAAAUAAAGAUAAAGUUAUGGAAGACAAAGAUAAAGAAUCAUCCAAAAAUUUGGAUGAUAAUGAAAACGAUAAUAAAAAUGAUUUGCAAGAAAAGGUUAGUUCAGAAUUGUUGAAUAAAGAAGACGAAAAUAUGGAUGAAAAAGAAACGAUAGCCUCUUCAGAAAUAAAUGAAAAGGUGAAUGAUCGUCCUAUUAAAAUAGAAUUUAAAAAACCAACUAUUAUGAUUGGACCAAAGCGUGGAAAACGUAAGAUAUCAUCACUUCCUAGUUCAACUACUUCAAUUAAAGUUCAACAAGAAAUUGAAUCAAAUAAUGAAGAAACAGAUACACCUUUGGAUAAAGUUACGCCAAAUACAAAUCAAAUAAAGUCGUCGUUAAAUGACAAGAAAACUACUUGUUCUAAAGCUCAAAAAACUUCAUUAACUUUGAAGUAUGACGAACCUAAUUGGAGUGGAAUACCAGAGGACGAAUAUAAAUUGGAAGUAUUGAAAUCAGGCGUUAUUGUUCAAACUAUCAAUUUAACUGGCAAAAGUUAUCACGUUGUUGGAAGGUUACCUCAUUGCGAUAUUUCUCUUGCACAUCCAACCAUUUCAAGGUUUCAUGCAAUAAUCCAAUAUAGAGGAAUAGAAGAUGAAAAUAAUUCUAAAGGAUUGUAUGUAUAUGAUCUAGGAAGCACACAUGGUACUUAUUGGAAUGGAAAUCGUGUACCUCCUAAUGCUUACGUGAGAUUGCAUGACAGUCACAUUAUUAAAUUUGGUUGUAGUGCACGUAAAUAUAUUGUACAAGCACUUCAUGAAAGUAAAGAAGAAGAGUCUGAAUUAUCUUACACGGAAUUAAGGGAAAAAAGAAUGUUAGAUUUACAAGAACGUGAAAAAAUGAAGGCAGCACAGCGUUCACAAAUGAACGAAGAAGAAAGAUUGAGACAAGAAGAAGAAGAAGAAAAUGAAGGCAUUGAUUGGGGUAUGGGCGAAGAUGCUGAUGAAGAAACGGAUUUAACAGAAAAUCCUUACGCUGCUACAAAUAAUGAAGAAUUAUAUCUUAACGAUCCGAAGAAAAGUUUGAGAGGAUGGUUCGAACGUGAAGGAUAUGAUUUGCAAUAUCACACUGAAGAAAGAGGAUUUGCACAAUUUCUUUGUUGGGUCGAUUUGCCUAUCGAAAAUAUUGCUGGUCAUACAGUAAGAGCUGAAGCACUUGUUAAGGGAAAGAAAAAAGAAUGCGUUAUUCAGUGCGCUUUAGAGGCUUGUAAAAUUUUGGAUAGAUAUGGAUUACUUAGACAAGCGACUCAUGAAAGCAAAAGGAGAAAAGUAAGAAACUGGGAAGAAGAUGAUUACUAUAGUUCAGAUGAAGAUAAUUUCCUCGAUAGAACUGGGUCUAUCGAAAAGAAACGACAAAAAAGAAUGAAAUUAGCAGGAAAAUUAGAACCGCAAAAGGAUACAUACGAUGCAUUGAUGGAGAAAUAUGAUACAGUUGUAAAACAGAUUACCGAUUUGGUUGAAUGCAUGAGAAAGUCGCAAAAGUUUGAAAGUGAAUCUUCAAAGAAUGAAGAAGAAGAAGAAGACGCGUUAGAUGCUUUUAUGUCAUCUUUAAAUGUGACUAUUUUGACUAAAGCUGAUAAACGUAAAAUGAAGGUCAAAUUACAAGAUUUACGACAAGAAGAAGCUAAAUUGAUAAAAUUAUUAAAUCCCUUGCGACCAAGUAAUUUGCCACCUUUAAGCAUCCAUAUAGUACCUUUAAAUGAAGGACAAAAGCCAAGUGAAAUGUUUGAUAGGGAUGUAAAAAUGAAUCAAAAAACAAAUUAUCAAACUUCACAAGAUGAAACAACUGUCGUGGAUUCUAAAAAUACUUUGCAAUCCAAGCAAAAUAAUAUUAAUAUUGUUGAAAAGGAAGAAUCAAAGAAAAGUAGUAAUGAAGAUAGUUCAGAAACUAGUGACGACAAGAGUUCAAAUACUAAAGAAUCUCUUGAAGAUACAUCCCAGACAUCAAUAAAUACAACAGAAACGGAAGAUAAUUUAUCUAAAGUAAAAGAUGUAAGCGUUGAAACAAAAAAUUUACCCAAAAUAGUUCCUAGCAUUCCUCCGAGCGAUCAAUCGUCUACGAAAACAUCCAAAAUUACUAAAACAGUAAAAGAAACUUAUGACAAGGACGUAUACAACGAGAAUUACUCAACGUGGGUUCCGCCACAAAAUCAAAGUGGAGACGGAAAGACAAGUUUAAAUGAUAAAUACGGCUAUUAAAAAUUUUCUUCAUUUAUAUUUUGAAUUUAAUAUAUUGAAAAUUGAUUACAAAAGGUAUCACUGGAGAUGUUAAUCGCUCCGUUGUCGAGUAACGCGUGGGAGUGAUUUACGAUCGUUAAGGAUUUUUUUAAACCGUAUAUAUAAGAAGAAACUUUGUUUGUAUAAUAUUGUAAAUAUAAUCUUUCUAAUAUA